AUGAUGGAAACGGAAAGGGACCGCACUGGGUUCCUGCAGAAAAUUAAAGUGGCUACCGAACAUCAGAUGACCUUUGGUCCCUUUCCUUUCUUGCAUGUUAUACUUACCAGGCUUGCCGCGUUGUUUAAAUUGAAAGAUCCCCAUGUUGAGUUAUUCCGGUUCAUCGCAGAAUCAGUUCAACGGUUUCGUCAGAUCGGCUCUGAGCCCAAUGAGAAUCCAAAGUCGGAACCGUUCCUUGCCAAACUUAUGGAUCUAGAACUGAAAGGGAAAGUUGAUCAAGGAUCGAUUUUUAGUUCAUGUGGUUCGAACAUUAUUGCUGGGUCUGACACUACGGCCAUCACCCUAAGUGCUGCUUUCUACUACAUAUACCAAAACCCGAUAGUCCUCAAGAAGCUCCGAGAUGAGAUCGAUGCGCACGAACGCGCAGGACUGUUGUCAACUCCGGCUGGAUUCACAGAGGCGCAGCAGAUGCCAUAUCUACAGGCAAUAAUUAAGGAAACGCUUAGGAUGCAUCCGGCCGUGGCUCAGAUGCUACCACGAGAAGUUCCGAAAAACGGUGUUGUUCUGAAUGGAUAUCAUUUCCCAGAAAAGACACAAGUCGGCAUCAGUGCGUGGGCACUGCACUAUAACCCCGAACUGAUUGAUUCCCCACGAGAAUUCUGUCCUCAAAGAUGGAUUGGGGAUGAUGGAAACAAAGCUCUAAGUUCAGCCUUGAAUUUUGCGUUCGGCGGUGGCUCGCGUGUCUGCCUUGGCAAGAAUAUCAGUCUACUUGAGAUGACCAAGGUCAUCCCUGAGGUGGUGCGCUAUUUCGAUAUUCGGUUCGAAAAGUCCGGUCAGCUGUGGGAACUUGACGUAGGCUGGUUCACCUGGUCGUCAUACAAAUGCUGGAUUGAAGAGAGGAAAACAGUGCAGGACUAA